AUGAAGGGCAAGGCACCCGAAUGUGUCAUCACUGAUGGUCAUGGAGCUAUGAAGAAUGCAAUUGAAUCAUUUUUUCCAAAUUUGUAUCAUCGUCUGUGUGCAUGGCAUUUACUCCAAAAUGUGACCUCAAACAUAAGCAAUCCUGUGUUCACAUCUGAAUUCAAGAAAUGCAUGUUAUUUGACUAUGAAGUGGCAGAGUUUGAAGAGUGCUGGAAUAAUAUGGUUUCUGAGCUAGCCCUACAAGAUAAUCCCUGGGUGUGUGAUCUAUAUGCUAGAAGACAUAUGUGGGCAACUGCACACAUUCGUGGUAAUUUCUUUGGGGGCUUCCAAACCACGUCAAGAUGUGAGGGGCUUCACUCUAUGCUCGGCAAGUUUGUGCGUUCCCAGCACAACUUAAAAGACUUUGUUGAGCGAUUCUUUCGAUGUAUCAGUCAAAUGAGGUCCCGUGAAGCAUUCUCUGACUUACAAUUCACUGUUGGGGAGAUGGUAAGCUCGUGUACAUUCACAGCAUGUUCAGAUAUCUACUCCCUAUUCUGGUCUGGAGAUUCUACCCGAGAGUGGCGCAUUUCACAUUAUCAAAAUGGGUCAUUCUUCAAGUGUUCGUGCAUGAGGAUAGAGACCCUUAGGAUUCCUUGUGACCACAUUAUUGCGGUAUUUCAUCACCUUGAUAUCACUGAAAUGCCUACGAGUGCAGUAUUGGAGAGGUGGUCAAAAGAUGCCCGUUCGAGGGUGAGGGCUUUCAUGGAAAAGGGACCGUUUUACUGGGAUUCGAUGGUUACCUGCCGCAAUUGGAUGUUGAAUGACCUAUGCAGGGAGUUGUGUGUGCUAGCUUCUACACGAGUGGAUGAUUUUGUGGACGUCACUGGCAAAUUGAGAAAUGAAAUUUUUCAGUUGAAAAGCAAGGGAGUUUCUCCAAGUGGGGAAGGAGCUGAUCCUCUGGUGUCAUCUACUCUUGAGGAUUGCGUAAGGGAUCCACAGGUUCUACGUCACCACAAGCGCUGUAAAUUUGGUGUUGGUAGGCAGCCAUCUACCAAGGGUGUAAAGAGAUGUGAAAUUUGCCGCGCAGUUGGCCAUAACCGAUUAUCUUGUUCACAAAGGCAUACACACAGGCAAGGACACGCUGCUGUUGGUAGUGGUACCCAACGGAGGGCUGUUUACGAAGAGGCUGAUUAUAGUGAGUAUCAAGAUUCAUGGGAAGAGUGCCACUUUUGGAGUGGUCACGAUGCUAGUGAGAAACAUGAAGACGAAUCCUGCGAGGAAGACCGUUACUUGGAUGCCAGGGAGGUUUCAGUAACAGAAAUAAUGAUCAUACAAAAUGUUAUACCAACAUACCUGAGGCAUCAGAUUGCGUUGGAAGGUGCCACCCAUGGCCAUCCAGUUGAGGACCCAAAAAUAGCCGAGGUCUCACUGCAGCGAUAUACACUGGCAUUAAGUCAUGAAAAAAAGCACCACAGUUCUCAAGGGUUAAAGUAA